AUGUCGUCCUCGCCUUCUCUGCGCAAGAGAGGUGGCAAGAAGGAUAUCCCCGUCAUCCCCUCCAAUGAUGGCUCAGCUCCGGUGGUCGCCUCCGGCAAGCGACACUCGGAAUGGGAUUACUGGCUGGCCAUAAUCAUUCUGACCGUGCUGGCCUUUGCGACUCGCUUCUGGCGCAUUGAUUACCCCAACGAGGUGGUUUUCGAUGAGGUUCACUUUGGAAAGUUCGCCUCUUACUAUCUCCAACGCAUGUACUUCUUCGAUGUCCACCCGCCGUUUGGGAAACUACUCUUCGCGUUGAUGGGCUGGUUGAUUGGAUUCGAUGGCCAUUUCUUCUUUGAGAACAUCGGUGACUCGUAUAUCGAGAACAAUGUCCCGUAUGUGGCCCUUCGCGCUUUGCCUGCCACCCUUGGUGCCCUGACGAUUCCCGUCGUGUUUUUGACCAUGUGGGAAUCUGGAUACUCUCUGCCCGCCUGUGUUCUGGCCGCCGGUCUGAUGGUGUUUGACAAUGCCCACAUUGCCGAGGAUCGUCUCAUUCUGCUGGACGCGACCCUGGUUCUGAGUAUGGCUCUGAGUGUUCUUUGCUACGUCAAAUUCUACAAGCUGCGCCAUGAGGCAUUCGGACGCAAGUGGUGGAAGUGGCUGCUUUUGACUGGAUUCUCCCUGAGCUGCGUCAUCUCCACCAAGUACGUCGGUGUCUUCACCUUCGUCACCAUUGGUGCGGCGGUCCUGGUCGAUUUGUGGAAUCUUUUGGACAUCAAUCGCCGCCAGGGUGCUCUUGAUAUGGUCAGCUUCGGCAAGCACUUUGUUGCUCGUGGCGUUGGCCUUGUUGUCAUCCCAUUUUUCUUUUAUCUCUUCUGGUUCCAGGUUCACUUUGCCAUUCUCACCCGUUCCGGACCCGGCGAUGAUUUCAUGUCCCCGGAGUUCCAGGAGACUCUCAGCGACAAUGCCAUGACUGCCCAGUCAGUCGGUGUACAGUACUUCGAUAGCAUCACCAUGCGCCACAAGGACACUAAGGUUCUCCUCCACAGCCACUACGAGACCUACCCCCUGCGAUAUGACGAUGGCCGUAUCUCCAGCCAGGGACAGCAGGUGACUGGAUACCCCCACAACGAUACCAACAACCUGUGGCAAGUUCUCCCCACCAAGCCCCUGGCGGACGACGGCGAAGCCAAGAGCGUGCAGAAUGGAGAUGUUAUUCAACUCCGCCAUGUGGGCACUGACACCUUCCUCCUAACCCACGAUGUGGCUUCUCCUUCCUUCCCAACCAACCAGGAGUUCACCACCGUCUCGCAAGAACUGGCCGCCGGCGAUCGCCACAACGACACCCUAUUCGAGAUCCAGAUCCAGAACGGCAAGCCGGAGCAAGAGUUCCGCACCUUUGCAAGCUUGUUCAAGCUGGUUCAUGUGCCAACCCGAGUUGCCAUGUGGACACACACCACCCCCCUUCCCGAAUGGGGCUUCAAGCAGGCCGAGAUCAACGGCAACAAGAACAUCCUGCAAUCUAGCAACGUGUGGUUUGCCGAGACCAUUGACGGUCUGGAGCCGGAUAGCCCCCGCCUGGAGCGCCAGGAGCGCAAGCCCAAGCAGAUCUCCUUCCUGCGCAAGUACUUCGAGCUGCAGGGUGCCAUGUUCCACCAUAACAAUGCCCUGACCAGCAGCCACCCCUAUGCCACCGAGCCAUUCCAGUGGCCCUUCCUGCUCCGCGGUGUGAGCUUCUGGACCAAGAACGACACCCGUGAGCAAAUCUACUUCCUCGGUAACCCCAUCGGAUGGUGGAUUGCCAGCAGUCUCCUCGCCGUGUUCGCCGGCAUCGUCGGCGCCGACCAGCUAUCACUCCGCCGUGGCGUGGACGCUCUCGAAGAAAUUUGGGGCCCCGGUACCCGGUCACGCCUGUACAACAGCACGGGCUUCCUGUUCCUGUGCUGGGCCGCACACUACUUCCCCUUCUGGCUAAUGGGCCGGCAACGUUUCCUGCACCACUAUCUACCCUCGCACCUAGCUUCGACAAUGGUGACUGGUGCGCUGAUUGAGUUUAUUUUCAAUCUGCAGCCACUCGAUCCCGACACCGCCGCACCUCCCGCCGAUGAUCCCUCUGGCAAGGCUAAGGGACGGGUGAGCCGGAGUGUGCGCCGAUUCGUCACUGCGAAGGAGCGCAUGGGGUGCAAGUCUGUCAUUGCGGCCUGGGCGGCUACUACCGUCAUUCUUGGCGUUACGAUCUGGGGAUUUAUCUUCUAUGCGCCUUUGACUUAUGGUACACCCGGUUUGGAUGUGGAUGGUGUUGUUGCGCGCAAGUGGUUGAAUUAUGAUCUUCACUUUGCUAAAUAG